UUUUCUACUUUCGUUCUCUCUUUUCCAAAUUUUCAGCUUGCUGAUCAAUUAAACGGGAUGCGUCAUACCCAGAAGGUGCUGACAAGGCUGUGCCGUUUAUCCGCCGGAGGACUUAGACAGAAAUGCCGAUCCUUCAACCAACAAAACUUUAAGCCCAGCAUAGCCGACGAGGCUAACAAGCGCCCAACGCACUUUCAGUCCAUGCGCGAAUUCUUUAUGCAUCCGCUGACCUGGGACCGCAAUAACGGCUAUUUCAAUGUGGUUCUGGCUUUGUCCAUUUUCGGAUUCUGCUUCUUCAAUUCCUGCGCCCCGUGUGAACAGAAGAGGGGUGGCCUUGAGGAGCGAACCAACCGCCCGCAGUGAAACCGGUGGGCUAUCCUCGAAUCUUCUCAAACUCACCCUGAUUGCAGACGCAGACGAGCCCGGAAUUGGUCGAACGGCACUGAGCAUUCAUGUCGCACAAGGUCGGGUUGUUCAGACAGUUCUGCUCCUCGAUGCACACGUAUCCAUCUCCCUUGAAACCAGCGAUGCACUGGCACUCGUAAUUGGCCGGAUCCCUAUAAAUAUAUCAGCAGAAAUGUAUU